UCGGUUCGACUGCUCGGAAAUUCUGCAAUAGUUAGCAUGGAUAUUAUAUUGGGUGACCUUGGAAGAGGUGGCAUCGAGAAGACUGGAAACUAUACGCUGGUGCUGGCCAUCGCUUGGACCAUUUUGAAUGUUUACGGCGAAUUUCCUUCGAUGCCAUUGGUUAUUUCACAGUAUGCCAGCAAAAGCCAGACUUACGUUCAUCAAGCGGAACUAAUCGAUGCGCUAAUGACGUACUUGGAACAACGACAAUAUCGUAUCUACAUCAUGGAGCAGGAGAAAUUGUUCGGCCACGAGGAGAGAAGUGAGUGGGGCGACUUUUGUGAGGCUGCAAUUUGGUUCAUCGACAGUUGGAACUCCUUUAAUACGCUGGCAACCGAUUUGGAGGAUCCGAAAAGCUCAUACAAGCGCACAGGAUGGUUUCUAAUCAUCUACACCGGCACCGAACGAGAACGCUUAGACACAGUCAAGAAAAUAUUUAGUCGUUUAUUUGAAAUUUUCGUUAUAAAUGUGAAUGUCUUCUUGCUGAUCGACACAACGCCAUUUGUCUAUACGUAUUUUCCAUUUUCACCCAAGAAAUGCCAUUCAGCUCAGCCGGAAUUGCUGCUGUCCUUUCGAAAUAGGAAAGCAAAACAGAAAUUCAAGGAUUACAGAAAGUUUUUUCCCUUUAAAGUGGGCAAUCUCUAUGGAUGUGAAUUGGCGGUAAUAACGUGGCAUCAUCCACCUUUCAUGAUUCUGAAAGAAGAUCCAGAAACCGGUCGGAUCGUAUCAAUCGAGGGUAUGGAGGGUAUGUUAAUUAGUAUUUUGUCCGAGGUCAUGAAUUUUGCUAUACGAAUUGUGAUUCCACAACCAAAAGAACGUGGCGCUGUUUACAGCAAUGGUACAUUAACGGGUGUGGCAAAAAUGAUAGCCCAAGGUGACGGAAAUAUUACAAUAAUAUUCAAUAUGUACGAGAAGAAACGCGCUCAGGUUAUGGGUGCCUCAUUUUCAUAUAUGAGUUUUCCUUUGACGGUCGCUACACCGCAUGGACGUCCACUUUCUCCGCUUCAACGCCUAUUAAGACCUUUUAAGCACAUAAUUUGGUCGCUCAUCGGUUCCAAUAUCAUUCUAGCUGUGCUAAUCAUAUACGCACUCAAACUGCUUGGUAGCAAGCAGAUCGUUUCAUUUGUCUUUGGCAAAACCAACCGAAUUCCAUUCAGCAACCUCUGGGCUUCGCUUUACGGUGGCGUCAUCCAUAAUCGUUUGCCAUAUCGAAACUUUUCUCGCUACCUGCUGGGUCUGUGGCUACUGUGCACAUUGGUUUUACGCUCCGCUUACACAGGUCAACUUUUCAUCAUACUCCAAGAUGGCCGCGCCUUAACACCUCUGAAAUCAUUCCAAGAAAUAGUGGAUAAAAACUACAUCAUCUAUACGGUGGAUGUGCUAGCCGAGUUGCUAGACUCAACUAUAGAAAAUGCGAUUCUUGGCUUCGUAGAUGGCGGUAACAACUCCAUGCCUCUGAUAUUGAAACGGAUCGCACGGGGCUCCAAAGAAGUAUUGACCAUAAUUGAGCCAGCCUUACAUUACUAUAACUACGAACAGACCACGGAUGCUGAACGGGUGGCAAUUUUGCCACAAAAGUUGAUAAUGACACCGCUCACCAUGUACAUGCGCAAGCAUUCUUACCUCAUCACACCGAUUAACCUGCAUCUUUACAAUUUUUUGGAUUUGGGCAUAAUAAAUAAGUUUGAGAAACGGUAUCGGCUGCCCAAGGAGGCCGAGGAAUCGGACGAUCCUGUUAGACUGUCGCUAUUUCUGCUACUUGGCAUUUUCAGUAUAUAUCUGGCGCUAAUGGGGCUGUGCACGUUGAUUUUCCUCUUGGAGCUUUGGACAACCAGAUCUCCUUUGACCAAGAUGGUCAUUGAUUUUUUCAACUACUAGUAAAAUUUGGAAGUAUUUGGUAGUACGACGUGGUUGAUUGACAAGAAAAAGUAAUUAUUUGCCUGUGACGAGAUGAUAGUCUUAAGAAAAGUAAACGCAUUGUUCCUAGCUUUUUAUCCAUUGCAAUAAAGUAA